AACACAGAAAUAAAAAAGCUUUAUCUGUGUUUGGCCACACGCUAUCUUAUAGUGCAAAUGACCAGUUCUCUAGCUCCAUGGAGACCAAUGUGGUGAUCCACUAUGAUGGCCAGGUCACGUGGGAUUACGUGGAGUCUUUCAUCCCCUUUGACUCUCAGUGUCAUCUCACCUUUGGCUCCUGGACCCACAACAGCAACCAAAUGGGCCUUCUCAAUGCCUUGGAUACUGCUGACCUUGUUGACUUUGUGGAGAAAAUUGUAUUGGAAGUACUAGGAAUGCCUGCCAAGAAGAACAUUAUACUAUACAGUUGCUGCUCUGACCCUUAUCCAGAUAUCACUUACAUGCUGCACUUGAAGAGGGGUGCUUCCUUCUACAUCUUCAAUUUACUUAUCCCCAUCCCAUGUAUGAUCUCUUUUCUGGCUCCCUUGGGUUUCUUCUUACUAGCUGGAGAAAAGGUGUCCGUUGGGGUUACAGUGCUACUGCCCCUUAUUGUGUUCCAGUUGUUAGUGGCAGAGAGCAUGCCCCCUUCUGAAAAUAUUCCACUCAUUGGCAAAUACUACAUCGCCACAAUGACCAUGAUCACAGCCUCCACUGCCCUGACUAUCUUCAUUAUGAACAUCCACCACUGUCCUGACGCUCGGCCUGUGCCAGAGUGGGCCUGCCGGUUCAUUCUGCACUACUUGGCCCGAUUUUGUUUUGCUCAUGAGGUGGAUGAGAGCGGUCUGUCCGACAAUACUAAGAAGCCUCUCCACGGAGGGGGCAGAUGGACUGUCGGUGGCCAGGUGAGGGAAGAGGACUGUCACUGGCCAGUGUGUGGAGUUGCAGCCAGUGAGGCUAAGGAUCCUCAAAGGCCAGUCUAUGUGAGCCCAACCAUGUAAUCAGAAGCAAACCAAAAACACAGUCUUAGUGUCUGGAAGGACAGGGCAUUCAUGAGCAAUGAGCAUGCAGAUUUAUCAGAAGGAACAGGUGGAAAAAGAAAGGAUGGAAGUGUUGGUACUGUAGUGGGGAAGGAGUCACUGGAGACAAAGGAGCUGCUGUUUACAGGCGAGUACGUAUGCCAUCACCAGUCUUUACUGAGGAACAUUGACUAUAUCACUGGCUGUUAUUAUGACCAAAGGGCCACCCAGAGACUGACUGGUGAGUGGCGUAAAGUUGCAAAGGUCAUGGAUCAUUUCUUCAUAUGGAUCUUCUUCAUCAUGGUGCUCUUUAUGAGUUUGCUUAUCUUGGGAAAAGCUAUCUAG